AUGCAGGCGGCCCCGUGCCACGCCUCGCUCGCGGGCGCCCGCGCCGCCGUUCGGCCGGCGCUGGCGGCGGCCGCGCCGGCGCGGCCGGCAGGGCUGCAGAGGCCGGCCGCCGCGGGCCCGACCGGCGGCGGCGUGCCUCGGCCCCUCGGCGCCGCCGCCGCGCUGGGCGCCGUGGCCGCGCUGCGGGCCCGCGCGGGGCAGAGGCGUGGGCUCGCGGCGCGCGCUGCGCUGCUGGCGGGGGUCGGCGGGGCAGGCCCGGAGUGGGGCGUGGCCCUCCAGAGGAGUGACCCGAGCCUGAGCAAGGAGGGCAUCGAUUUGAAGGUCGUCGCCGUCGCGCGCUCCAAGUUCAUGCAGCUCUCCGAGGGUGGGCUCUCCGGCCUGGAGGCGAUGGGCGCCGGGGGAGAGGCCACGGACCUGAAGAAGCUCGGGGAGUUCCUGGCGAGCCAGCCCGGGAAGAAGGUCAUCAUCGACAACACGGCUGGAGAGGAGCCUUGCGAGUUCUACACCGCCUGGCUCGCCAGCGGAUGCGACGUCAUCACGCCCAACAAGAAGGUCGGCAGCGGCCCGCUGUCGCGCUACAAGGAGGCCGUCGGCUCGGCGACCUCGGGCGGUGGCCGCUUCUACUACGAGGCGACAGUGGGCGCCGGCCUGCCCAUCAUCACGUCGCUGCAGGACCUGAUCAGGACGGGCGACAAAGUGGAGCGCAUCGAGGGCGUGUUUAGCGGCACGCUGUCGUUCAUUUUCAACACCCUCACGCCCGACGUGGCCUUCUCGAAGGUGGUCAAAGAGGCUGCCGAGAAGGGCUUCACCGAGCCCGACCCGCGGGAUGACCUGAGCGGCACCGACGUGCAGCGCAAGGUAACCAUCCUGGCACGCGAGUGCGGCCUGGAGCUCGAGCUCGACGACGUUCCGGUGGAGUCGCUGGUGCCCGGGCCGCUGCAGAGCUGGCAGCCGUCCGAGGAGGAGAAGGCCGCCGGCCUGGCCGCCAGCUUCGUGAAGGCCCUGGAGCCAUUCGACGCGGAGAUGGCCACGAAGGUGAUGUCCGCCAGCGACAAGGGAGAGGUCCUCCGGUACGUCGGCGUGAUCGACCUGGUGGCGAAGAAGGCCUCGGCGCAGGGACCUGGCCACGCGACCGCUGCACGCGCGGUGGCGGACAUCGUGGUGUUCAAGACGGCGCGGUACACCCCGCGGCCGCUGGUGGUCCAGGGCCCCGGCGCUGGCGCGGCCGUCACCGCCGGCGGCGUCUUCGCGGACCUCCUGCGCGCGGCCGCGUGA